GGAGGCCAAAAUUACCUUAUGGACCCCACAUCUCUUUCCUUUGUGCCAACUUUUUCUUCAUUUGUGGACCCCAUUUCUCUGCCUCCAAAUUUCCAAAAAGCCUCUUAGUUAUCAUCUUAAAGCUCUCCCUAAAGCAGAGAGACAGAGUGAUGAACCAAGUUAUCUAAUAUAUAUUUUCAUCAUUUUUCCCUCACUCAUUACAGAGAGAAAACCUAUAGAGAGCUUUCAGUGAGAGAGAGAGAGAAAGAAAGAUAAGAGUUUUUUGAUGGGUAAUUAUAAGUUUAGGCUAUCAGAUAUGAUGCCCAAUGCUUGGUUCUACAAGCUCAAAGACAUGGGUAAAUCCAGAAACCAUGGCUUUUCUCAAACGAGGAAGAAAAAGCAACCCACAUUACAAGAAUCUAAACCAAAACAACAACCCCACCACCAAUGUCAUCCAAGAAAAUCCUACUACUUCACAAGGGAACUCACCCACCCAGGUGAUAGAAUCUAUGCUUCCCCAACAAAUCCAAAAACCCCAGAAACAAUUUUCCCUGACCCACCUAGAAAAUCAGACAAACAGAGAGCCAGAAGAAGAAGAAGACGUGGUGGUGGUGGUGGGUCUUCUUCUUCUCCAAAGCUCGUCGCUUCCUCUGUCUCUGCCGGAUGUAGUUGCCGUGCUACGCUUGAAUCCGUCUGGACUAAAUCCGAUUCACCACCAGAGUACUACUACUCAUCGUCUUCGCCUUUCGAUACCUCGCCAGAGUCGCCGCCGGAACUUACUGAAGUCCGGUGUGACAGAGUUCUUGCUACCGAAACGACAUUCGAUGGUAUGGUUUCGUGGUCUGCUGCUGCUGCUUCCUGUGGCUUCCAUGAAAAUUUUGAAGCUAACGAUAUCGUAAUCGACGUGGAUAAAACUUCUCUGUGUAAGAAAUCGGUUAUCCCAGAUGGGUUAGAUUCGUUAUCGGAGCUCGAACUCCCUCCGAUUAUAACGAAGCCAUCGAAAUUCAACGACAUGGUUAGAGAUGUGAAGAAGAAAGAGAGCAGAGAAUCAGGAAGACAUAGAAGAAGCUCAACUGGGUUCGAAGAAAAAGACUCUCUUUCAGUCAAAGUCGUCAAGGAAGAAAGAGUUUCUUCCUUGAAAGAACAGAGGAAUAGUUCUGUACGGAGAUUCGCAUUGAAUUCGCCUGGUGUGAAGCUUCGAGUCAAUUCUCCGAGAAUUGGAAGCAAAAGGGUGGUUCAGAGCAACGGUCGGAAAAGUGUGUCGUCGUCGUCGUUGUCGAGCUCCCGGAGGAGGAGUCUCUCCGAGAGCUUUGCGAUAGUGAAGUCUUCUUUUGACCCACAGAAAGAUUUCAGAGAAUCAAUGGUGGAGAUGAUUGUGGAGAACAACAUCAGAGCUUCGAAAGAUUUGGAAGAUCUUCUUGCAUGUUAUCUUUCUCUCAAUUCUGAUGAGUAUCACGACCUCAUCAUCAAGGUCUUCAAGCAAAUCUGGUUCGACCUCACAGAUAUCUCAUCCAAGUAAAAAGAAGGGAAAAAAAAAAUAAUAAUAAAAUUGUAUAUCAGUUUGAAUUUCUAGUAUUCUCUUGCUCUCUGUUUUCUAAUAGAUCUUUUUCUGUUACACAGUCCUUUUAGUUGCAAAUGAGCCUCUUCAAAGAUAGGCAUGAAGAAAUGGAAAUUCCCCAAUUUCCAAUCAUUUUGAUUACCAACUGCAUAUCAACAUGUAGCUUUUGCUUAGAAUUCGAUCGGAUAAUAUUAUAGAUACUGACAGAAUUUAGCAA